AUGAAUGACAGUGUGUCAGAAGUCAGCAACAAUUUAACGACUCUCGCAACUCCAUUAAUUGAUAGAAUUUUCUCGAACACUUCACUUGGCCAUCGACUACUUGAAAGGCUAACUCUUGUUAACCUCCGGCACACUCUGUACUUGAUCACUCCCUACGAGACAGCUGUGCCGACUCUUGAACAAGUGCCAAACUACAAUGUCGAGGUGUCUGCAUGGUGGCUAACAUUCGUGGUCAUCGAGUUCCUUAUUCUUCAAAUCUCUGGUCAUAGUGAUCGAUUCGCACUUAACGAUUCGAUCACCUCAAUAUGUGCUGGUAUGUUGAGUCAGUGCUUCAAGUUUGGUGGAAGAACUGUAGCGAUUUUCCUAUACGUUUUUAUUUGGAACAAUUUUCGACUAAUUGAACUUCCAUGGGAUUCUCCAUGGACAUGGCUUCUUUGUUUGGUAUUUCAGGAUCUCAUGUACUAUUUUGGACAUCGAGCAGUUCACGAAGCAGGUUUCUUCUGGGGUUUGCAUACUAUCCACCAUAGCUCCGAAUAUUAUAAUUUUUCCACUGCACUUCGUCAAGCAGCUAUUCAAGACGCUGGACUAGCUAUUUACGAUGUUUUACAGGCCUUCUUUAUUCCACCACCGAUAUUCCUGGUACAUCGUUAUUUCAGCGAAAUUCUUCAAUUCGUCAUGCAUACCAGUUUGGUCGGCGACCUUGGUCCUCUAGGGAUCGUGUUCAACACACCGUCACAUCAUCGAGUCCACCAUGGUCGGAACCCGUAUUGUAUCGAUAAGAACUAUGGCGGAGUAUUUAUCAUUUGGGAUAAGAUGUUUGGAACAUUUGAAGCUGAACGUAAAGAUGAUCCACCAAUCUAUGGACUUGUUCACAACGAAAAUACAUUCAACCAGUUUUAUUUACAGGCACACGUACUAUGGGAUAUGAUAUAUUUCAAAGGACAAAUGAAGGACGAAAAAGGAGAACCGCUAUUUCCUGGAUUGGUCAACAAGAUAAAAGCCGCCCUUUACCCACCUGGAUGGUUCCCGGGUGUUCCAGUACGACCAUUCUUCCACUGGUUUAGCCUUGUUGACACCGCUUACGGAGUACCAGAGCCAGAAAAACCAGUGGUCAAAUACAAUCCACCUUUAAAGCUUUGGUUGAAAUUAUAUUUACUCUUUCAUUUCACGCUGUUAUUAGCGAUUUUUCUGCAUUUCGAGUACGAUCGUCUACAAUUGGACUAUGUAGAUUUCACAUUGAAAAUCGCCUUCUUCCUCGUAACAAUGCAGACUUUUAGCGCUUUCUUUGAUAGAAGGUGGUACGCACCAUCACUGGAAAUCUCACGAUGUGCUGGAGUUGUAACGUUUUACGGUUUUUUGAUGACGGACAGAGCUGGAAUAGCACCUCAUCGAAUAUUUAUGACUACUCUGCAUAGUGUUUCAGCAUUGUUGUGGAUUGGAUACUGUAUUCAAGAGAGAAUAAGUGCUUCUCGACGAGUUCAUGAGAAGAAGAGCGAGAAGAAGAAAGUAGCCAUAUCGAUAAUAUCGAAGUCCGAAUCACUAAAGCCUACCGCCCCACCACUGCCUGCUCAGUCAACCGCUCAAGCCGUUAUCAACUCUGCUUUAUAA